AUGCAGCGCGCCUUCCUUCUGCUCGCCGCUCUCUUCUCGUCGGCCAGUGCCGCAUUCCAUUCUGGACGUUCGUGCAAAUGCGGCCCUUCGGACAGCUGCUGGCCGAGUCAGGCCGCCUGGGCCAGUCUCAACAACACGGUCAGUGGCAAGCUCAUCGAAACCGAGCCUCUAGCCGUCUCAUGCUAUGCUGGCCCAUCCUUCAACGCCGCGCACUGCGCCAAGGUCGACGACCAGUGGACAAACGCCACCUUCCAAGCAAAUUCGCCUGUUGGCUACGACUAUCCUCGUGACUUGACUUGCCCACCCGUCAACGGCAGCACCACCCAGCUACCGGCAAGUGGCCCUUGUACAAUCGGCGACAGUCCUCGUUAUGCGGUGAACGCCACCGUCGUUGAUGACAUCUCCGCCGCCGUAAAGUUUGCAAAGCAGCACAACGUGCGACUGGUCAUCAAGGAUACCGGCCACGACAUCCUCGGGCGAUCAACAGGUUAUGGCAGUCUCGAGGUCUGGAUCCGUCACCUGCGCACUGGCCUGACCUUCAGCGAAUCAUAUGAGUCGAGUUGUCCAGCUACCAACUACCAUGGGCCUUCAUUCUCCGUCGGUGGAGGCUAUACUUGGGAGAACGUUUACCCAAUUGCUCAACAAAACAAUGUGGUCGUUGUCGGCGGCGGCACCCCCACCGUUUCUGUUCUUGGAGGCUGGCUACAAGGGGGCGGGCACGGCCCUGCCACCCGUCAGUACGGUUUAGGUGCUGAUCAAGUGCUCUCCGCUCAAGUCGUCCUCGCUGACGGCUGCGUCAUUACUGCAAACGCUUGCGAGAACCAGGACGUCUUCUUCGCCAUCCGUGGUGGCGGCGGCGGUACCUAUGGUGUCGUCGCAGAGGUCAGCAUCAAGGCGCACCCGAACUUUGAUGUGCAAAUGCAAAGUCUGAGCAUCGCACCUUUGGACAUUUCGAACACGUCGUCUCUGCUGGAUGCCGUCGCAAUCAUCUAUGAGGCCAUUCCAGACCUUAACGAUGGUGGGUUCGCUGGUUAUGGUACUUGGUCCAUUGCUCAACCCACGCCACUUGUUGGCAACUCGACCGCUGGAUACGUCCACGGUAUUUACCUUUUUAACCAGAGUACCGACACGGCUAAGAAGUUAUUCGCACCUACUCUCGAAAAGCUGAAGCCAUACAACGGUACCUCGCUUUCUAUUACAGUCGAUUAUACGUCUUUCCCCGACUACUGGGACUUUUACUACAAGGCUGCCGCUGUGAACGGACCUGUUGGCACUGCUUCGGCUCUUGGCUCCCGGCUCUUCUCGCGUCGUUCCGUCCAGGAAGAUCCUGCUGGCCUGCGCGAAAUGAUCGGGGUCAUUGCAGGUACUCCAGAGGAGUUUACGAGCAACAGCCUCGAAAUCGUCGGUGGUGGUGCCGUCUUUUCUGGUGGUUCUGACCCGCUCUCCGGCGUCAACCCGGCUUGGCGCAUCAGCUACUUCAACAACAUCGUGGCGCGAGGCUGGGCACCUGGUAGCAACCAGUCUGUGAUUGACGCGACGCAAAACGACAUCACUUACGUCAAAGACGCCGCCAUGAACAAGCAAGCCUGGGACACUGGCGUUUACAUGAACGAAGCCAACCGGCUCGACCCAGACUACCCAUGGAACUUCUACGGCCUUCAUUACGGGCCUCUCCUUGCCAUCAAGAACUUCCGCGACCCCGCUGGCGUCUUUUACUGCGUGACAUGCGUCGGCAGCGCCGAGUGGAAAGAGAAUGCGGAAGGUGUCCUAUGUCCGUUAUCGUAG